AUGGCUUCUCCCCCUGCACGAUCAACCGCCUGCAGCAGACUCGCUCAUCGUCCCGAACCACGGUCGCGUCGUAGUCAAUUCCUCGAGUUCGACCUCACGGAUAAGAGGCAGGCAAGCUAUCCGGAGGGGACGAAGGCCAUGAUGUCAGGAUUGCUCAGGGUUCGGACUUCAACGUUGGUCCUCGCAUCAUCGACCCUUGCGGAGGAAUCGGAAACUCAUAUACCGUCCAGCAACCACGGAUCCCUUGCUGUCAAUGGGGGUACAGCAUCUCUCCCAAUCCUGCGGGAGACGGUGAACACCGUCUCUCAGGAGUGCCCGACUCGUCUCGGGCUUACGGCAAAUGAAAUCCAGGCUAAAUCACCCACCCUGGAUGUCUUUUUCGACACUAUUGCUGCCGAACGGCUUCGGCGCAUGCCCCCCGAUGGGAGUCGCCUUGAUGGGGCUUUGCGGCGCGCCUCUCGGCUGGCCGUUGCCGUCGGCUCCCUGCGGGACUCGGUCUACAGCUUCAUGGACGGGGCUGAGGAGGCCACCAAACUGAUUUGGGGAACCAACCUCCUCUUUCUCGAGGUACGUCUUUUGAACUAUGGUCUGAAAGUAUUGCCAUGCAGGUGA